GCGUAUCAACUGAUUAAGCAAGACACAAGGCAAGACAAGCGCAGCCGGGACCCUGGCCUCUGGACCCAGGAACCACUACCCACUACCCACUACCCGUGUCAUAGCCGUGAGCAAAGGCAUUCAUAUGGUAACAGGCGAUUCCCGCCACUUGAACUGCAAUUAAAAGUUGAAGGCUGCUCUGAUCUGCCGCUUGCAUAAAUCUGGCAAUUAAAUCGGACGUAAGCCGCAGUUGACAACCCUACGAGGUAGCCCUACAGGUUAAUUAUUUGAUUUCUCUAUAAACCGAAGCCAAAGGCAGGCGUUGACAUUACCAUUAGUUUAUGAUUAUUGAGUCGUUCCUUUAAAUCGAAUUGAGCAUUAAACCGAGUUUCGAAAACAAAACAUUGCUUUUGCUUAUUGCUGGUUUUUUUUUCUUCUUGGCCAAAGUUCCGAUCCCGAACGGAACUCAACCGAACUGAACCCAACCGAACCGAUCAAGGCCGUCCUCUGAUUCGAUCCCUAGAUCUGCCACAGAAAAGAUGGCACCAAAGAAUCGCAUUUCAAGGGUGCCCGCUGCAGUCGCGGCCGGUCGGCCGUCCGAUGGGAAGCUGUCGGUAGGCACCCAGACCGGGAUUCAGAUCUGCGUGGCUCCCAGUCGGGUGCCAACGCGUCCCAAAAUUAUCACCGGCAAGGACCAGCUGAGCAUGAUACGCCGUGGCGUGAAGCGGGCCAGCCAGCCGAAGAACUUCCUUAUUGUACCCAAAGAACGUUUCAUCACUGCUCGCGCAUUGGUCGCAGGGACUAUUCCCCCGCCUUUGGCCAACGAGAAGGCCUGCCAAGCAACACCGGUCGGCAAGGAAUUGAAGAUUCCAAAGCCAAAGGCCGUGGCUUCGUUCAGGCCACGGCAGAUUCCCCCGAUACCACCAAUACCCCCAAUACCCCCGAUGGAGGAAACGCUCAAAGAGAGCGCCCAUAACAAGGAUGUGAAGCGCUUGAAAUACCUGAUGGAAAUUGUGAAUGCCGAUAAGCCACCAAACUGGAGCUUGGCCUCGGACAUGUGGCGGGAGAUUGAUUUCCUGGAGGAUCGUAUCGACGCGUAUCAGAAACAAGAACCGGCAAACAGAGCACAAAAGUAAAGCACAAAAGCACAAAAGCACAAGAAGUACACUAACAAGUCACACUUCACACACGAAAGAGUCGAUUGCAACAAUCGUUUGCACAAAUCGUCUGCAACAAUCGUCCCAAUGUAGAUACCUGCAACAGGCACACGAACUUACACGAACUAACACGAAAACAAAAUCACAAUCACAGUCAGAUUUGGUGUCGUUGAUUUAUUAAAGCCGUACUGCGAACUAGUUCCUAAUUGUAGAGACCUAGUUCUCACUUAUGAGAUCA